GGGAGCAUGAGGAAGGAAGUUAAUACAGACCGCUGUUGCAGCAUCUGAAGAGAGUGGGUCUCUGCUGAAGGUCAUCUGCUGUCACUCCUCAGAAUCGCAUCAAGACUCCUAAAAAUCAUGUCUCCCAGGAAAUUCUUUGUCGGCGGAAAUUGGAAGAUGAACGGCGACAAACAAAGCCUGGGAGAUCUAAUCAACGUGCUAAACACUGCCCAGCUCCACCCUGACACCGAGGUGGUCUGCGGUGCCCCUUCCAUCUACCUCGACUUCGCCAGGGCCAACCUGAACCCCAGGAUCGCAGUGGCUGCGCAGAACUGCUACAAGGUUCCCAAGGGCGCCUUCACUGGAGAGAUCAGUCCUGCAAUGAUUAAAGACUGUGGGGUGGAGUGGGUGAUUCUGGGGCACUCUGAGAGGCGCCAUAUUUUUGGAGAGAGCGAUGAGCUUAUUGGCCAGAAGGUGGCUCACGCCCUGGAGAGCGGCCUGGGUGUGAUCGCCUGCAUCGGGGAGAAACUGGAUGAAAGAGAGGCGGGGAUCACUGAGAAGGUGGUGUUUGCACAGACCCAGGCUAUCGCAGACAAUGUGAAGGAUUGGAGCAAAGUGGUCCUGGCAUAUGAGCCUGUCUGGGCUAUUGGCACUGGCAAGACUGCCUCUCCUCAACAGGCCCAGGAGGUCCAUGACAAGCUCAGGCAGUGGUUAAAAGCCAAUGUGUCUAAUGCAGUGGCGGACUCUGUCAGAAUCAUCUAUGGAGGUUCAGUGACAGGGGGUACGUGCAAGGAGCUGGCAUCCCAGAAGGACGUGGAUGGGUUCCUGGUGGGCGGAGCCUCCCUCAAGCCGGAGUUUGUCGACAUCAUCAAUGCGCGCGCCUAAAAUGGAGGCAAGAGCUCUCCAGGCAUCUCUAGCAGAGGACCAAGUACAGCUCAACAUGUCACUCGCAGAUACCCCCCCUAUAACCAGGGAUUGUGUGUGAUGUCACUUCCUGUCACAAUUCCAACGAGUCCUUGUAUUUAUAAAGGGUCAGGUUGACACACGCUACACUGCACCUUAGUGUAGAUGUACUUGAAGCACUUUUUGAGUGUAUAAUCUGGGCACCCUAAUCCGUUUCAAACCAGCAUUGCACUUGAGUUAAUGAUGCUGAGAGCAGAUAAUGUGUGCUUGCUUCUGAAAGUUUACCAGUUUCGUCUGUUGUCUCAUUUGUUGUCAGAUGCCUUUAUGUGGCUUUGUAUGUAAUUCCAAUAUAGUAUUAAUAUUUCCCUCAUUCCAUUUGGCGGGACUACCAAAGGAAAGGUCGCUGACCAUGUGUCAAUCAUGCUUCUGAUGAUGGCUUUUAUUGGAAAUCUGUGUAGCCUAGAAAACAAAUAAAGGAAACGGUUAGACUGUC